CCUAUCAGUGAUAAAGAGGCAGACCAAUUUAGAUUCUAGAGAGAGAGAGGAGAGAAAUUCAAUUCUGCAGAAGAAGAAGCCAUGGAUGCGCUUAGGAAGCAGCUGGAUGUUUUGAUGGGAGCGAAUCGAAACGGCGAUACUGAGGAGGUGAGCCGAAAGUACUACGAUCGUGAUGUGUGCCGCCUCUUCCUCGCCGGACUCUGCCCCCACGAGCUUUUCCAACUCACCAAAAUGGAUAAGGGACCAUGUCCCAAAAUUCAUUCAUUGCAGCUGAGGAAAGAAUAUCAAGAAGCAAAGGCAAAAGAUGUUGAUAAUUACGAUAAGGACUUGGAGGAUAACAUAGACAGACUUAUUGUUGAGUGUGAUCGUAAAAUUUCUAGGGCUUUGAAGAGACUCGAUGAAGAGGAUGCUAAAGCAGCUAUAGCAAUCUCGGUAUCAGAAGUUACCCAGGCGCCAGAUAUUAUUGAGAUUUCGAAGCAAAUAAAAGAAAAGAUGAAAGAAGCUGAUCAAGCUGAUCUCGAAGGCAAUACAGACAUGAAGAUUCGAGCUUUGGAAUUGCUUGACGAACUAAGAGCUACAAGAGCAGACAAGCAGGCGACGCUUCUUUUGGAUGCUUUCAACAGAGAUCGCGCAUCUCUUCCCCAGCCCUUGAUAAAUGCUCAGCAGUUGACACCAGUGCCAGCAGCUAUUUCAGACCCUCACAUACAAGAAAUGAUCAAUGAGAAGCUAAAGAAAGCUGAAGAGCUUGGUGAACAAGGAAUGGUAGAUGAAGCACAGAAAGCAUUGGAAGAGGCUGAAGCACUCAAAAAGCUGCCAGCCCGACAGGAACCUGUGCUGGAUUCCUCUAAGUACACUGCUGCUGAUGUGCGAAUCACUGACCAAAAGCUUCGUGUCUGUGACAUUUGUGGUGCAUUCUUGAGUGUUUAUGACAGUGAUCGCCGAUUAGCAGAUCACUUUGGUGGAAAGCUCCACUUAGGCUAUAUGCUGAUCCGUGAAAAGUUAGCUGACCUUCAGGAAGAGAGAGACAAGAAACGCAAAGCCUAUGAAGAAGAGAGAAGGUCAAGAGAUCGGAUAAGCCGUGAGAGAGAAUCUAGCAAGGAUCGAGAUAGAGGUGAUAGCCGUGAACAUGGAAGAGAUAUUGACCGUAGGAGCAGAGAUCGGGACAGGCAUUAUGACCGUGACUACGAACGAGAGCGUGAAAGAGAUAGAGAAUAUUCCCGCAGCUAUGAUUCUAGAAGUCACCGGAGAUCUCGAUCCCGCUCAAGAGAUCGCACUAGGGACUAUGACCGCCACAGGCGUUAUGAUCGUUACUAGCUGGACAAUCGAUAUUUCAUAUAGGGAAUGGAACUGAAGUUUGUAUCUUCUGUUUAUGAAGGCUGAUGGUAACUAGGAAGAUUUGAUUUAAUUUGGCUUAAAAUGAAUUCCGAAUUCGGUAGUGAGUGAAAUGGAUGUUGUCUCUAUGUUAAAUUCUGCGAAAACUGUAGGGAUUUAUUUGAUGCGGGAUUGCUUAGCUCCAUUUGCUUGAACUACAUGGUGUUAUGACCAAUUGUUCUGUUUUCGUUUUGACUCGAAAAUUUUGGGUUUUGUGAAAACUCUUUAAAGCAGUUGUUGCAACAGCUUUGAGAAAGAAUGGAAGAGAUUGAAGGACGACAGCCACCGUGUAUUCUGAACUUGAAUGGUAAAACUUGGACUCAUUUUUGCAGGUUUUGACAAAACAAAUUCAUUCUUUUCUUU